GUGGUUGAUGAGUAUAAACGUGAUAAGAUCAAAAUCGUUCCAGUUUUGAUUGGAGAUGAAGUCAGUACAUCUGAUGUUGUAUCAAUUGCUUCUGAUAAAGACAAAAAGAAUAUUGUUGUAACUGCAACCCAAGAAAGAACGGAGCGACUUGGCAAGAUGAUAAUGGAUUUAGUCUACAAAGUUCUCCAGGAUCCAUGUCUCAAGAAGGUUUGCCAGUUUUUCUCUCAGUGUGUUAAGACAGCUGACAAUGCAGUGACAUGCGAAUGUCCCUCGGGAUGUAAAAAUGACUAUAAGCCUGUUUGUGGGUCAGAUAAAAGGACAUAUACCAACAACUGCACACGUAUGGUAGCCGCUUGCACUUCAAAGACAGACAUUGGUGUAUUAAAGAAUGGAGCAUGUGCAGCCUGUACCCAUCCCCUCUCCCUGGUUUUUGUGAUUGGACGAGGUAAUUUCCAGGAAAAGAAACUAUUCAUGAAAGCAGUUGUAGAAGAGUUCAAUGUUGGAAAAGAUAGUCUUCAGUUGGCCAUCAUUUCCUAUGAUAACAUGAACUAUGUCGACAUGGCCUUUGACGAAAAGCUCAKUAAAAAACAAGUAAGUGAUGCUAUUGAUGGAKUGCAAGAGAAGUUCCUGAUUGGCGAGAAAUACAGCAAAGCUUUACUGAAGGCUGGUGAACUACUUGAUGGGGUCAAAAGAGACGCUGUUAAGGCUAUUGUUUUCAUAACUGACAAGGAAGACCCAUCAACGUCAGAUGUUGCACUUGCUGGAAAAACGCUGAAAGACAAGAAAAUUAAAGUGUUUUCUGUUGGUGUUGGUUCUCAAGUCAGUUCACCUCAGCUGAAGAAAGCUGUCUCUCAGGUUGAUUACCACAAUGGUGUGCCAUCUUUCUCAGASCUGGUACCYUUUGCACCUWCUAUGGCCAGACAGCUGUGUACGGAAUCAGAAUGUAAGGAAAUGGAAUAAGAAGUGUUGAAAGGGAACAUGAAGGGAGUAAAGUGAGGGGAGAAACGGGAUAAAGAAAGAAGGAAACAAAAGUAAUAAGGAAGAAUGGCAGAAAUAAAAAAUAUGAAAUUAAAUUUGAAUGAA